AUGCAAAUUGAACGACUUUCAGUCUUAUCAGACAAUUACGCGUAUCUCCUCAUUGAUUCCACCACUCAUGUAGCAGCUGCAAUUGAUCCCGUUGAUGCUCAAAAAGUCUACACUCGUGCCAAGGAAUUACAAGUGACCAUUUCAUUGAUACUCACGACCCAUUCACAUUGGGAUCAUGCAGGUGGAAAUCGAGCACUUGUUGAUCUUAUUCAGGCACGAGAGAACCGUGACAUUCCAGUCAUUGGCGGACCAGGAGAAGCUGUUGAAGCUCAGACUCAAUCAGUGGUGGAUGGAGACGUCGUGACGCUUGGAAAUUUGAAUGUGAGAGUCUACUUUACUCCAUGCCACACGCGUGAUCAUGUGCUCUAUAGAUGCCAAGAUGCUUUAUUCACAGGUGAUACACUCUUUGUUGCUGGAUGUGGAAGAUUCUUUAGUGGAACUCCAGCGGAGAUGCACUACGCUCUGAACGAAGUGGUGGCCAAGUUACCAGAAGAAACAAAGAUUUACUGUGGCCAUGAGUAUACUGCAAGCAAUUUACGCUUUGCUGCACACGUGGAACCGCACAAUGAAGUUGUGCAAAAGAAGUUGGCAUGGGCCAAUGAAAAACUAAAAUCAGGUGAAGCUACAGUCCCAUCGACCGUAAAGGAAGAGCUGGCGACAAAUCCAUUCAUGAGAGUGACAGAGUGUGCGGUGCAGCAGUUUGCAAAUGGAGAGAAAGAUCCCGUAGAGGUGAUGAGGAUUGUGCGUGCUGCCAAGGACAAGUUUGUGAUUGGUAAGUAA